AUGUCUAACGACCGUUCGACCUCGCCUAUAUCUGUACCGCCUCCUUCGGGACGCCAGAGGCGGGCCUCCUUAGCCUCCUCCUUCACCGAUUAUCUUUCAAAGUCUGCAAACCCCGGGAGCGGCUCCGGCUCAUCGACGGGUCCCAUGGCCAGCGCAGUAGCCAACGCGCAAUCCAAUCAAGGCCGGAGGCUCUCGAUCACUACGCUAGGACUCUCGGGUUCUCCUACUCAAACUUCUUCGUUGGGACCCAGGAACUUCCGACAAGGCAGUGUAUCCAGCUCCGUGGGAUCCAACUCGGCGACUUACGAGGAUGCGGUCACCGAGGAUAGCGAAAACGGCCCUCCCAGUGCCACUCCGAGUUCACCGUUCGCCCGGCGAGUCUCUUUUGGCGCACAAGCUCUACGUGAUGCCCGCGCAGGAAGUAUUGGCAACGGCGAAGGCUUCAACUGGUCCGAAGCCCUUCGAAGCCGAGCCGAGCGUGCACCUUCAUUUGGUGCCAUUUCUCCUACUGGGCCUUCCAGCCAGAAUUCGGGCUAUGGAGGCCAGUCUGCCCAUCACCAACGUGCGGCUUCGAUUGCCUCGAUGGAGCAGCCUGCUCGGGAGCUGCCCAAGCAACCCCGGCAGAACAAGCCUGAUUUCUUCCAAGAGAAGAUUCUUCGAGGGGAUUUUAUGGAUUAG